CCAGGUUCUGCGCCGGCCCUCCAUAGUCCCUUCGUUUACCUGAAUUUUCACGACCAAAACGACGACCAAGAGUCUAGUAUCGACACCCAAGACGCUUCAAGGCCGCUUCCAGCAAUGAGCACCGAAAAAACGACGAUCCCAGCUCGCCGUCGGAGGCACUCGAACUCGAUGGACACUAGCGACCAUUCGAUUCACAGUCCAGCACCAGCCAGGUCCUCAGGGUCUUCCCUGGUUCGAACCACCUGGGGAACCACGGUUGCUCCCCCACCGAGACCCAAGUCAUCUCCAGGGGAACGGCCUGCUCAACGCCGACGCCAGAGGAGCCCAACGCAAAGCUCGGAAUCAGAGGGGGAAAGAGAUGGUGGUGUGGACCAAGAUGGGGACGUGGGUAUGAACCAGGCCGACGAGGUUAACGAGACAGCUCCAGAUCACGAUAAGAUUGAGAGUUCCCCAGUUGCGCCGACUCCAACAAACCCCGUCACAAUCUUGAAAAACAACAAUCGAGAAAUGUCCAAGGCCGCUGCUAAUGGUUCGCGCAAGUCGUUGGCUGGGAACGACGCCAGUCCUCGAGCUCAGGCUCAGCAGCGACAACCGUCAGGGGAGUUCGGGGAGUCUCGACCAACACGCCCUCUGCCCUCGUCCAAGUCACGAAAAGCGCAACAAGUCAACCCUUACACACCGAUUCAACCCGUCGCCAACCCGUCGAUGCUUCCCGUCCAGGCACAGGUCGCAAAAGGCCCCUCCCAGCGAAAGCUGUAUGUCAUUCUCGAACAGGCGUGCUUGGAGGCAUACAAAGUCUCGUCGAGUGGAGGAAAAGGGAGGAAUGGAAAGGAUGGGGAGGCAAAAUAUACUUUGUUGAACUGUGACGAUCACCAGGGUAUUCUGGCGAAGACGGGCAGGGACAUCGCAGAUGCUAGACCUGACAUCACCCACCAGUGCCUCUUGACGCUGCUCGAUUCCCCUCUCAACAAGGCCGGACUGCUGCAAGUCUAUAUCCAUACAGCCAAAGGUGUCCUCAUCGAGGUUAACCCCCAUGUUCGAAUUCCUCGAACCUUCAAACGGUUCAGUGGAUUGAUGGUCCAACUCCUUCACAAGCUCUCGAUCCGAGGUGUCAAUGGACCCGAGAAACUUCUUAAGGUCAUCAAAAAUCCCGUUGUUGAUCAUCUACCCCCGAACACCAUCAAAAUCACUCUUUCCGGUGACGCACCGACGCAGCGGCUCUCCAGAUACCUGCCAACCCUUCCGACAACACACAACAUCGCUGUCUUUGUCGGCGCCAUGGCCCGGGGCAAGGAUGACUUCGCUGACGCCUACGUCGAUACGAAGAUCAGCUUGAGCGACUACCCUCUCAGCGCUAGCGUCGCUUGCGGGAAGUUCUGCUGUGCACUCGAAGAACUCUGGGACGUUGUCUAA